GUUUUUCCUUCCUUCGCAGCACAGGCGUUAUAUAACUUCGCUGCGUAAUUAAGGCAGCGUAAUUACAAGCGGCUGUGAUUGAGGGUGAAGUGGGAAUUGUUGCUGCGGUGUGGGAGGCUGCCGGGCUGCUCGGCAUCGCCAGCCAUCCCAUUGCAACGUCACCAAAUGGGUUUCGCACAGGGUUCAGAGGGGGGUCUGGGGAGACCAGAACUCUGUUCCUGCACUUUGUCCUGCAGCACUUUGGGACUGAGCCCCAGAGAGGGGGGGAUGUGUCCCCACAUCCGUAUGAAACCCCGUAUGAGUUGCAGCCGGAUCCCAAAAUAACCCGUGAGUGGGAACGGGGCUUUCCGCCUGCAUGCAUUUCUCCUGGUUAUUGUCUGGCUGUGAGUUCGUGACCCUGCCGUAAGCUCACAAAAUCCUGCUCAUGUGUUGCUCGUUAUUUGUGCUUGACUGGGAUUCGCUGAGCUGUAAUCAAAGUAUUUCCUACUCCCAUGGCACCCGUUCUUGGGGAGGUUAGUUACAAGCGGCAGUGGUUGCUUGCAGCCUUGGGUUGGGGUAAACUGAGGCACUGAGCAGCUGCGGCAACAUGGAAUCACAGAAUACCCCAAUUAUCCCCCAGGUUCAUUUGUUGUGGUGCACAACACAAUGUACUCAUAACUGCAGCAGGGCCACUGAGCAACAGCUGCUCAAAACCUGGUACUUCAAUGCUCAAAGCCACAGGGCUGUGAUGGAAAAAAAAAGACAAUUUCUGGCUGCUCGCUGACAAUCACAGCAUCACAGUAAGAGCUUGGCUUCUGCACGGGGUUUUAUGCUCCCAGCUUUGCCUGUGAGCCUUCCCUUUCCCAGGAGCUCUGAGCCCAGGCUGUGGGCAGAGGGACGGGGGCUGAGGUUCUGCAGAAGCACUUAUUCUGAAAAGGACUCAGUAAGGAGAUGUCAUUACAAUCUGUGCUCCUCUGCAGAAUAGAUUUGGAGUGGGGAUGGGAUGCCACUGCAAGUCAGCAGGAUAUGUUGCCUCCACUGUGGGGGGACAAAUGGAUAGGAGCUGCCACAACUGGACAGCCUCUGAGUGAGAUUUUUGCAAUGGGAGUGGGGUGACAUUUGAACAACCAGGAUGGGAGAUUGGGCACCCAUUGGGAGCAGCAUCCUGUAGGUAGGAUUUGACACAGCUGGGUUUGUCCCCAUAGGUCUGAGGGACGUAGGACAGCUCCAGGUCCUUGAGGAAGCUUCCAGUUACCUCUGGACGUGAUGCUGGUCACUGCAAGAGGAUGGGCGCUGCUGCUGCUGCUAUUGGGAGCCACAACCAGUUCAGGUCAAAGGCUUGUAAGACAAGGCCUUGGCAGGAUCCAGAUAGGACAGAGAACCUUCAGACCAAUAGUGAUGCUCAGCCUAGAGGGUACAAGGAGCAGCUCCCGUCGGUUGGACCCGAUCUUCACCAGUGCCAGACGCACUGUUCUGGUGCAAGAUUCCAGAAAGUUUUUGUCUCCGUGGUCAAAAUGGAGCGAGUGCUCAGGAAAGUGUGGCCAAACUGGUGUGCAGAAGCGGACCCGAUCCUGCCUGGCGGAUCGCCUCUGGGGUGUGCACUGUAAUGAAGUCAUGGAGGAAGGGCGGCUCUGCAUCGGACACGUAUGCUCAGACUGCAACAUCACCUGCCCCAUGGGCCGCGUGAACGCCGACUGCGAUGCAUGCAUGUGCGAGGAUGUGACCCUGCAUGGAAAGGUCUCCUUGGAGGAUGGUUCACCUGCAGACAACGCCCGGGUCUACUUGCAAGCCAACAAUCUCAAACUGUUGACAACAGCUGACAAUAAGGGCGCGUUUAGGAUUCCUGGGGUCUGCCCCGAUGGCAGAAACACCCUCAAAAUAAAGAAAGCCAAAUACACGACUGCAGCCAUCACUGUACCGGACACCAACAGGAAGAACCUGGCGCUCCAAGUGCAGCUGAAGAGAUCAGGCAAACCCUAUGUUUUCAAGAGCCCUGAUGACAAAGCGAGGAGAGUGGGGCAGAGCGUGUCACUCUGCUGCAAUGCUGUGGGGACUCCGGCCCCAGAUCGCUAUCUCUGGUACCACAAUGGCUCCCUGCUGGAUCCUUCCAUAUAUAGAUACAAAAACAACCUGAUUCUGAAGAACCUGAACAGAGAGCAGGCAGGAGAGUAUUUCUGCAAGGCCAUCAGUGAUGGAGGUUCAGCAAAGUCCCAACCUGCCACGCUUUCUAUAAUAGGAAAACAAGAGGCAGCCUGCAGCUCCCAGCCCCAAAGCCACCUCAUUCGUCUUCCACACGACUGUUUCCAAAAAGCAACUGACUCAUUCUACUACGAUGUGGGCAAGUGCCCAGCAAAGACCUGCGUUGGGAAGCUGGAUAAGGGACUCCGCUGUAAGGACAACAUCUCCUACUGCUGUGGGGUGUCUAAGAUGGAAGUGAGAGAGAUCCUGUGCGAUGGGUACACGCUCCCCACUAAAGUCGCCGUAGAAUGUGGCUGCAAAAAAUGCACCGAGACAAAAAUAACAGUUCGGGGCAGAGCUACGGCGGUGGAUAACGGUGAGCCACUGAGGUUUGGCCACAUCUACAUGGGGAACAAGAGAGUGAGUAUGACUGGCUACAAGGGAACCUUCUCCAUCCACGUCCCACCAGAUACUGAAAGACUGGUUCUAACCUUUGUUGACCGGCUGCAGAAGUUUGUGAACACAACAAAAGUUUUGCCAUUCAAAGAAAAUGGAGGUGCUGUGUUUCAUGACAUUAAGUUACUACGAAAGAAAGCCCCUGUUACACUGGAAUCCACUGAAACCAGUGUAAUUCCUUUGGGAGAAAAGGAAGAUGAUGAUCCUAUUGCUGAAUUAGAAAUCCCUCCUGAUUCAUUUUACAGGAAGAAUGGAGAACCUUACAGAGGAAAAGUGAAAGCCAGCGUGACGUUUCUGGACCCAAGAGAACUCUCAACAGCGCCUGUGACACAAAGUGACCUGAACUUCAUAGAUGACGAAGGAGAUGUGUUCCCACUCCGCACAUAUGGCAUGUUUUCCCUGGACUUCACUGAUGAACAGGGCACCGAGACUCUUAAUGCAGAAGAUGUGAAAGUCCACUUGGACACUGCUCAGGUGAGGAUGCCAGAGCACCUACAAGAAAUGAAGCUUUGGUCACUGAACCCUGAGACAGGCUUAUGGGAGGAAGAAGGAGACUUCAACCUGGAGAAAAGCAGACGGCGCAGAAGAGAGGAGAGAACUUUUUUGGUUGGUAACAUGGAGAUAAAGGAAAGGCGGCUUUUUAACCUGGAUGUUCCAGAGAGCAGACGGUGCUACGUCAAAGUCCGAGCAUACAGAAGUGAGAGAUUUUUGCCAAGCGAGCAGAUCCAAGGGGUGGUGAUUUCUGUUAUAAACACGGAGCCAGAACCAGGGUUCUCCUCCAACCCCAGAGCAUGGGGCCGUUUUGAUAGUGUGGUCACUGGUCCAAAUGGUGCUUGCGUGCCAGCCUUCUGUGACGAGCAGAAUCCAGAGGCCUACGCAGCUUACAUUUUGGCGAGCUUGGGGGGUGAAGAACUCGAAGCAGUGCCCUCUGCUCCCAAACUCAAUCCUAAUGCUAUUGGGGUCCCACAGCCAUAUCUCAACAAGCUCGACUACAGGAGAACAGACCACGAGGACCCUAACACAAAGAAAACUGCAUUCAGAAUCAAUAUGGCCAAGCCAAGUCCAAAUUCUGCAGAUGAGAACAAUGGCCCUAUUUAUGCCUAUGAAAACCUGAAAGAAUGUGAGGAAGCUCCAUACAGCGCUGCUCACUUCAGAUUUUACAGGAUAGAGGGGGAUCGGUACGACUACAAUACUGUUCCCUUCAGUGAAGAUGACCUCAUGAGCUGGACCGAUGACUACCUGGCAUGGUGGCCAAAACCCAUGGAAUUUAGGGCCUGCUACAUAAAAGUCAAAAUUAAUGGACCCCAAGAAGUGAACAUAAGGUCUCGCAACAUGGGUGGGACACAUCCACGCACCAUUGGCAAGCUCUAUGGCAUCAGGGAUGUCCGCAGCAUUCGAGAUCCUGAGCAACGGGAUGUGUCAGCAGCCUGCCUGGAGUUCAAGUGCAGUGGCAUGCUCUUCGACCAAGACCGUGUGGACCGCACGCUUGUGAAAGUCAUCCCACAAGGCAGCUGUCGUCGGGAGAGCGUUAACAGCAUGCUCCAUGAGUACCUGGUGAACCACCUCCCCAUGGCUACCAACAACGAUUCCAGUGAAUACACGAUGCUGGCACCCCUUGACCCCCUGGGGCAUAACUAUGGCAUUUACACUGUCACUGACCAGGACCCAAGGAUCGCCAAGGAAAUUGCUCUGGGCAGGUGUUUCGAUGGCACAUCAGAUGGCACCUCCAGAAUCAUGAAGAGUGAUAUCGGUGUUGCGCUGACUUUCACCUGUUCGGAGAGGAGCGCAGCAGAGCAAAGCUUAUUUGAGUCCCAGAGGAACUUAGGCCAGCAGUCCAUACGGGUACCAUCAAGGGAGAGCCCUGCAUACCAAAGGCCGGUGGGAACCCGCCAGAUCACCCAAAGCAGAAUCCAGAUGAGAGGUCAACGUCCUUCCUCAUACUAGAGCUAUAGAGGAGCCUAGGUAAAAUCACUCACAUUUGAUUAAAAAAAAAAUAUAUCUACCUGCAAAUAGCCUAAUUCAAAACAGGUAGUUGUCAGUAUUUUUGAGACAUUAUAUUCCCCUCCCACUCCCCUUUUUUUUUUUUUUAAUUUUAUUUUUGCAUUGCACUACAAAGACAUAAGGCCAAAACUGAGAGGCAGUACUUGUAAGUUAACUCCUGCCUUACUAAAAGUGUCAAAAAAAUCUGAGAUAAAACAACUUCACCUGAUAGCCUAAAGGGAAAACUAAACACACAGUUCAGUUAAGUCAUAUAUAUAAGACAUCCUUCUAUUCUGCAUCUGCAGACUUUGCCAGCCCAAGUACCUGUACAGUAGUUGGUAACAUGAAAAGGAAUAAACUGAUUUUCCCAUUCUGAAUUCAACUGCAAGGUUUUGUACUUGAAAUGUAAGUAUUUUAUUUAUUUCUAGCUUGUUUUAGAAUGAUUGUAUUCGAGCUAAACUACCAUCAGCUGCAUUUCUAAGAACUCACAUGCUUGAGAGCACAGAGAAGCCAUGUGGAUUUGUAGGCUCCGCAUGGAUAAAAUUAGUUUUCUCUUGCUUCUUGUGUGGUUUUUCUUCUCAAAUAAUGCUCUACAAUAGGGUAGAAGAAUUUUUUUAAAAAGCCAUUUUGUGUAAUUUUGGCAAUACUGUAUUACCUUUGUGUUUGACAUGCCCAAGUAAAUAAACCAUGUGUAGAGCUGACCAAAGAACAACCUACAAAAUUUCACUUUUCAACGUGAGACUGAUGCUGGGUAUUCGAAAGUGAUUGGUGGGUAACUGCCGCUCCCAAGUCUAAGGCUUUGCUACAGAAUGCUGCAGUCAGGGAAUCAGUGCAAGCAGCACCACAUCCACGAGAUUAAGAGGGGCAGCAAGUGUUGGGAGAUGCAGAAGCAGAUCAGGACAAGGGGUGCCUAAGAGGGAGCAGCAGAGUUCCUAGAGUUUGAGAGGACUGAAGAGGAAAAAGGCUGGGGACCAGUGUUUUAAAGAUGACAGAAAAUUUAGGCAACACAUAAACACAGAUGGCCACAGAGGAGGUCAGAGUAUGACCAAACUCCAAGAGCUCUAUUUAACACGCUGCCCUACAAAACCCCACAGCCUCUGUGCCAUUACUCAGAGAGAAAUCUGGGACCUCAUCAGCACAGAGCACAUACCAGGUUUACACCCAAACAUACCUGACAAACUUUUUUUGGAGCAGGUAAGCCAACAGGCCUCCAGCACUCAAAUCUUCACAGACAGAGAUCACAAAAAAAGGGCUCCUUUUUAAUGACAACUGACUUGAAACACACGCCCCACUGUGGAUUUCCCUCUCUCCUAUCACUCAUUCCUCUCCUACAGAUAUGAAUACAGUCCUGAUACAGGUCUGUGUCUUACCUAGAGCUCAUGAAGGGUAUGGGGAAUCUUUCAAUAGCCUUUAGCAACAUCUGGAAUAGCUUCUCAGGUCUGUCAUGAAGCAUCUUGGAUAUUAAACUCAGGACUGUGCAGGACUAAAUGCCAAUGCAGCCUGAACUAUGCUUAAAAAAACAAAACAAAACAACAAAUCGUUAUAGUCUUUGUUGUCAUGCAAAUUGACAAUUAACAAAGAGAAACAUAAAAAGACGAGCUAUGGAAUAGUUUGGCACAACCUCUUCAUACCAAUGAAUUUAGACUGCGUGUUUUCUUUUGUGUCUAGUCUGCUGCAAGGGCUUGGCACGAGCUGGAGCCAAGGCAGCCAGUGGGGAGCAUUAGCUUAGACCUUCCCACAGAGCUCUUGGCUUGCACUGCAGACUUACAGAGAAAUGUCUCUUCUCUAUGCAGACAGUCAGCCAAAUCCUGGCCCUGAUUUCAUCACUUUGUGAGUGAAGUAAUGCAAAUGACUUCUCCAGAUCAACCCAGGAGUUACAGGGAGAAAAGCAGGCUCAGAAUCUGGUCCCUGUGUUACUAAGGGGCUUGCCAGAGCCAAAGGGCAGUGUUUAGGGCUCUUACUUUGCUGUUAAACAGAAUUUUCUACCCAGUGAAGUGGUGACAGCCCUGAAAUUCUGCCUACCCAUGAAACAGCAAGAAGCUCUCCAAGUUUCCCCAAGCUGUCCCCCACUGCAGCUUAACUCCAAGUUGGAGAAACAAGCUUAUCACAGCACUCUCUGAGUUCCUGAGCCCUCAGAAGAGACUGCUGACAGAGUACAUUGCAUAUAAAGCAGAACAGAGAGGUUUCAAACAUGGGCACUGAAAUACUAUUACCAGAAAAGAAGCCAAAAACUACCACUCAGAGCUAACACUUCUUCACCACCGAUAAGUCACCAUGUCAAAUAAAUCAAGAAAGUUUAUGUAGGAGAAAAAUUACAGCACGUCCUAAACUUCACCCUUCACAGCAGUUUUAUGCUAUAGUUCAAUAAUAUGACUUUUCCAGUUCCUGAGUGCCUAUGUUUAUGGUCAGUGUACUACAGCAUCCCUUCUGCAACCUGAAACCUAAGGCACACUCCCACAUAUCAAAGCAGAGCAUCAACUCCAGGAACGCAGGGAGACUGUGACUCAGCUCCUCCCUCUGCAUUAGUUUUCAGACCACCAACCUUGAGAAGCCUUGCUCCCAAGCAUCCGUAGGUUUGGGACUAAUGGCAAAGAAGCUUCCAUUAAGGUCACCUGGUUUCCAACCCCAGUGACCUCUCUCUCCUCUUGUUUUUAAGAAAGUUAAAACAGUGCCUCCCAGAAGUUAUCAGGCUGUCAGCAGUGAGGAUAAACACAAGUAGAGAUAUUCUUAUCUGAACUCAACCUUUGUAUUAUUCACUGAUUUCCCUAAGCAACCUCUCUAAAAGCCUGAAGUAUUACUGUGAUUAAUCACCUACACUACUUAUUUGUAUUCAGUAGAAAACAGGAAUAAUAAGGUUUCCUAGGAAGCGGGGGAACUGGUAAAGUUUGAUUAUAGAACAGAUGCAACCAACUGCUAGUCAUCAGCAUACUAGAAAAUAUCACUCCCUGUAACAUUUACUUGAAACACAAGAUGAAAUCAUCCCUGUUGAACACCAGAGCCCAUCUGGUAACCAAAGGUUUUGCAGUUCUAACAGUAAUUUGGCUUCAGUGAUCUUGAACUGAGCCCUAGCAGAUUCUGGGUCUAUGAAUACCUCUGCUGUGUUUCCUCUCUCCAAGAGGACAGCUGUUUUAUUUUGCUAGUAUUGCUUUCCAAUUGCUAGGGUGGCUGUGCUUGAGCAAAACAGUAGUCCUGGGGGAUUGAAUCACCAUUUCUAUGUUCCACAGUCAACCUUGACAUGCUAUUCCACACCUCAUCAGUGAAUGCCCCAUUCUUGUUUUGCCUAAUCUGCAAAAAUAAUCAGAUUUUCAUUACCUUCUGGGUUAAAUCCCUAUGGAGUCAGGUGAAGGAGAAAUUUCCAAAAAAACAUUUUGGCUAAGAGCUGCCUGGGGAACUCCAAUUCCCUUUAAAACUUCUCCACCAUGUCAAAGAUCUCCUCCAUAAAAAAAUAAAGCAAGCAUAAUUCCUCCAUAAAACAACUGGAAAAAGUUGUGCAUAUUCAAAGCUAGGACAACCAACAGCUAAGCUACAGCAAACUGUCUGAUCUUCAAUGAGCUCUUGUACAGAAAGAAAUUUUAAGAUUAAUUUCAAAAGAUAUAGGAACUCUGGCCACUGCACAGUUUAGACAUUAUUUGGUAUUAAACAUAACUGAAGAGAUCCUGAACCAGAUUUUUCAAGAUCUUCUGCCUGCUGACCUUUUUCUUCCCCUAGAAGUGAUGCAGUGAGCACCACCUACUGGGUGACUUGUGUAUGCCUCUUCAAACCCCCUGAAAGAUGGAAGGAAACUGCUACCCCGUGCCUCAGAACUGAAAUCAUCACCACCACCACUAGUGACUAACAGCAAUACAUCUCACACGAGACAUAAUCUCAAACUGUCAGUAGGAGAUGUGCAGAUUGCCCCAUGGAUUCUUGUUGAUGCCAACAUUUAAUGCAGACACUGUUAGUUGGAAGCCAGUAUUCCAGCUAUCAGAAAUAAUGCCACCCAGCAGGAACACUGCUUUGCUCACAUCAGUUAGGAAUGACAUGCUCUGAUCAAAGGGGUUUGCCCUCCGAAUAAUUUAAACACAGCAGAAGAAAAGAAUGGCAUCUUUGGUAAAAUCUUAAGUAAUUUCAGAGGAUCUUUCUCUGGGAUCCCUACACAGUUCUUUGCUACUAUGAUGCCACAACAGGUUCAAGAAAAGCAAAGGAGCCUAAGUUAAAAGAACUUCCAAGGAAUUUUGUCAGCAGUUUUAAAAAGUCUGCAGCACAAACUGCACGCUGGAGGCUGCAAGAAGAUACAAAGGAAUUCUCCACAGAAGCCCAACUUCUACCUUACUGCUGCUUGCAGCUUUUGCUUCACAUUCACAGACACGGAUUUCUUGGAGGAUCAUGUGUUCUAGACAACCUGUCAGAGACAGAUUCAUCGUUGGACCAAUGGCAGGGGAAGAAAAAUACUGCAGCAUUCGCUUUAACAGAUGCUUCUUCAGAAACAUUUUAAUCCACAUUUAUAACACUUUUUUUUUUUUUUUUUUAGAUUUUGCUCUCAUUCAGUGAGUCACAUUCAAGCGUGUCAUGUUCCUGUCAGCUUGACGUAAGUAUCAUCAUUCAACACAGAACUUUAGCUUUAAUACUACGCCACAACUGCUUGAAAAAGCAUGAAUGGUCAGAAAACCCUGAUGAGCCAAAGUGACAGAUGGAAGAGGAUGUGGCUUGCAAUUCUGUUUUUUUUGUUUGUUUGUUUGUUUUUAAGCUUACAAAAUUUCAGUGCAAAUGCUGUAAAAAUAAGAAGCUAACAGAAUGGUGCCUCACUAGUUCUGAAUAGCUUUAGUGACUCUGCUUUUAUUGCAACAGUAUUCAGGAAAAAAAGAAGGAAUAUACUGAGCAAAUAAUGCUACAGCAGCUCCUAUCACCUGUCUGGUCUUUAUUUUGUUGCUCUCCUUAAAGUGGAUUUUGUCUUGCUUUUCUGAAACUGCGUAUGAAUUACAGAGAAGCAAGAG